GCGCAUGCGCACAGCGUGUCAAUGACGUUCACAAGCAAUUGGCGGAAGUACGCUUUCCAGUAUGGCAGCCGAGAUAGACGGACCGCUGAAACGAGUUCUGGUGCCAAUCCUUCUACCUGAAAAAUGCUACGACCGACUUUUUGUCCAGUGGGACUUGCUUCAUGUCCCUUGCCUCAAGAUUCUCCUCAGCAAAGGCCUGGGGCUAGGCAUUGUGUCUGGAUCACUUCUGGUGAAGCUGCCCCAGGUUUUUAAAAUCCUGGGGGCCAAGAGCGCUGAAGGGCUGAGCCUUCAGUCAGUAAUGCUAGAGCUAGUGGCCUUGACUGGGACAAUGGUCUACAGCAUCACCAACAACUUCCCCUUCAGCUCUUGGGGUGAAGCCCUGUUCCUGAUGCUUCAGACCAUCACCAUCUGCUUCCUGGUCCUGCACUACAGAGGACAGACUGGGAAAGGUGUUGCCUUCCUAGCCUGCUAUGCCCUGCUCCUGUUGGUGCUGCUUUUACCACUGACACCCCUGGCUGUGGUCACACUGCUCCAAGCCUCUAACGUUCCUGCUGUGGUGGUGGGGAGGCUGCUCCAAGCAGCCACCAACUACCGCAAUGGGCACACAGGCCAGCUUUCGGCCAUCACAGUCUUCCUGCUGUUUGGGGGCUCUUUGGCCCGCAUCUUCACUUCCAUUCAGGAAACUGGAGACCCUCUCAUGGCUGGAACCUUUGUGGUCUCAUCUCUCUGCAAUGGCCUCAUCGCAGCCCAACUUCUCUACUAUUGGAACAUAAAGGCUCCUCACAAGCAAAAAAAGGACCAGUAG